AUGGCGAUACCAAAGAAGCAGAAAGUGAAGUUGAUGGUUGAGAUGCACGAUGGGGAAAAAAACGCUAAGUCCUACGCCAGACAAAUUCACUCAUUGACUAUUUUCUAUUAUUUGGAGCAAAAGCAAUUUAUCAAGGGACAUUUGUUCAACACUGCGGCAGUGACGAUAACUGCAUGGCCAAAUAAGCCAAGUAAUCCGACACUAUCGCACUAUAUAUUGUCAGGGCUCAUCAACUUCUGCAGAUCUGUUGGGAUUCAAAAUGCAUCGGAAAAAUUUCUAGCCAAGGCUCAUCAACUUCUGCAGAUCUGUCAGUCACUGUUCACUACAAUGGAUUCAUUUUACAACAAGAUAGAAGCACGUGAUCUGCUUGAGGCCGUCAUAGAUGCAAGGACGACGAAGGGUGCAAAGGUUGUACAACUGGCAUACUUUAAUAUGGUCAAUGGAAUGUCAGAUUUCUGCUCGGUAGCGGAGGUGGACAAACCAAGAUGUUGGAAGCUUACAAAGACCAACAUUGAGGACAACAGCCAAGAAGAAGUUGUACUACGCAUACAGGGUAUUGUUUGCAAUGCAAGUCUUCCACCUGUGAAACGACCAUUUAAAAUGUAA